CCGCGUUCACUCUUCGCUCAGUUAUUUUAUAAUGAGUUUUUUUGUUCACGAUUCUUCCAACGUAUAAUAGUUUCCGUUAUAUUUUUCAAUUUAUCGAACUUGAUUCUUUACCAAGUUCGCUCCAAUGUGAUGAUAUCGUCUCGUUCGUAUGAUCGUUUCUUGAUUAUAAUUGAUUAUAUGAUUCUGAUUGCUUCCUAUCACGGCAUUAAUCGCCGCAUGCUCCAUGCUGUCGAGAUUUAGUUACUGCUUUCGUUUUAGCGUUGGGUUUAUAAAGCUCCUAUUCCUGUUCUCGAGCGUCGGACCUGCUAAGUAGCUCGCACUUAUCGCCACAUUCGUUUUACAGGUAGAAUCUGAAAGAUGGCAAACCGAUGUGAACUUAAGGAAAAGAUUGAUUGUGUUUCGCGUAUUCGGCAUCAAUUCAACAAUGGAGGAUAAUACUGUGCGUUUUCGGCACAGUCGUCUCGAUUUGGAUGCCCCAUAAUUUGUCGGGAAAAAAUUUGAUGGAAUGAAUUUCUAAGAUUUAUUAAAGAAAUGCGAUGAAAACGAACCAUCUUUAAAAUGAAUCGUUGGCAAUAAACAGUGGUAUCUUUACAACAAUGUGAAACGUAAGAGAUCGUGAGAUCAAAGUCGAAGCGAAACGAACAGCCAAGCUUUCUUACGAAAAGUUAAUCUUCCCGCAACGAAAUUGUUCGCUUGCUGGAAAAAUGGUAAGAGCAUUGUGCGCUAUUUCAAAUAUUUACCUGAAAAAAUGGACAAGGAUGAAUCCUAGCCAUGGAACAAAAUGCGACACGAAAUGUCGAUCUAAAAAUGUUCUCAGAUCUAAUAGGAAAUGUACGUGCAUACAAAAAAAGAAAACGAGUGUGAUUCUUAACAUUCACUGUACUACACAUUUGCGAGCAACUUUGCAAGCAUUGCAUUGGAGUCUGAAAAAAUUGUGUAGUAACAUGCAGUUUCAAAGACUUUAUUAUGUCAUCAAGUGCAGAUUUAAGAUUCAAACUGAUCUAAAGAUGUAUAAUGAAGAAUCCAAGAUAUAGUGUACAAGAGAAUAAGUCACUGUGUAACAAAGAGACGAAAUAAAUGUAAAACAAGAAGCCGU